AAUCGGUUGUGAGGGAAAAAUUAGUAACAAUGGAACUUAAAAUACAUGUGCUUUGCUUGGUAUUAUUUGUGGUAUGCAAUUUGGGAAAUGCCAGUGAAAUAUCUACAGGUCACACUAGAAGACAAAAACGUGAUACUGUUGAAUACAAGAACGCCAAAAACGCUUUGAUGUCCACCCUUGAUAAUUGGCGAAAUGGCGUUCAAAGAUUUUAUGUAAAUGGAGUACGGGUGGAUUCGGAUGCCCAAGACGUAUCCCGAACGGUGCAGAAAUUCAGCCAGAGCAUCGGCCAAGCCGGCAACGCCUUCAUUUUUUCCCUUCACGGAACAGGGGCGCGCAACGUCCGCACCGGCGAACUUCAUCCCUACGCAGACUUGCCCUCGUCGAACAAAGUCAAACGUUUAUCGAUGAUCUACAAUGAAAAAUCACCAAAAAGCGAUGAACUGGAAACCGCUUUUUCGAAAACGUACAAUUUCAGAUCACGGAAAUCCCAUCGCAAUCGCCUUGUGCUGCCAAAAGCCCUUAGACCACUCGUCAGUUUUUGAAAACUGACAGUUGUAAUAGUAAUUUAAAUAGUAUAUUUAUAUAAAUCGUGUCACUUUGAUUAUAAUAAAUAGAUUAGUCUAUAGCAGAAACUAGAAA